AUGCCUCGAUCUCGGAGCAGCACGGCCACGAUGACGUCGUCGUCACAUGCCACCUCGCGGCCCAGCUCUCUGUCGCAGGCAGAGGCCAGGUCGCGCAACAACGGCCACGAUAGCGACGAAACCCAUCCUGACGACAGCCACGACAGCCACGACAGCCUCGACAACGACGAUGGCGACGACGGCAGUGCGAUAUCGGUACCGGUAGAGACGCUGGUGGAGCACCUGCUGGCGGCACGACGGGCGCUCGGGACGAUCAGCCAGGUGCUGCGCGGCAACGAGCUGGCGACACAGGCACACCAGCUGCACGCAGAAACAGUAGUGCUAGCAGCACAGACGGCAUUUCUGCGACAGGGAAUCCGCGACCAGGUGGACGUGCUCGUGCGAAUGCGCAGCGGCAUGGGGCGGGCAUACGAGGUUGGGCGGCGGGAGUUCCGGCGGCUGAUCCGGACGCUGGACGCGGCCAACGGACAGCUCGAGCACACAAUGGCCAUCUUGCGGGCGACAACGGUAGCGGCCAUCUUUCGGCCGGAAGGCGAGGAUCCGCGGAACCUGCUCGACUUUGUGGACGAGUCGGGCGUGGCGGCGCUGCAGAACGCGAUCAAGGAGAGCAUCGCCGAGCUGCAGGCUGCCCAGACGUCGUUUGAUGGCGACCUCCUCCGGUUCGACACGGAUCUGCGAACGCUCAACAAGACCAUGGCGGCCGCCCCUACGACGCCUCCACCACUGCCACUGCUGGUCACAGCCGAGGACACAGAUGGGCAGCAGGGGUCAGGGCCGACGAUGCCGCAUCUGCUGGCGUCGCUGACGACACGGUCACACGCCAUGGCCGAGAACCUGUCGUCGCUGACGCGGCAUUUUGACAUGUGUGUGAAGGCAGUGCAGACGACCGAGGGCAAGUCUGCCCUAGAACGAUGGCAAGCAGCGCAGUCGCAGGAGGGGGCAGAGGAGACGGAGGAGGGGGAUAGCGGCCACGGCAACCACGACAACCACCCGGUCUCGAUCUCGGGGGUGAUUGCCGAGCAGGAAGCAGCGUCAGGACAGGGCGGCCUGACAAACCUGGAGCCGAUCUCAGCACAGGAGCGGGCCGAUAUUCUGCAGGUGGUGAUGCAGGACGCAGGCGAGGUGGAUUAUGCGGUGGGCGACACGGCAAAUGAGCUGCACGCGGCCGAGGCCGAGUUUGCGGCCGUGCGGGCACACCACGAGCAGACGGCAGCGGCCUUUGCGGCGACGGCAGCGACACUGCGUGUGCUGGACGACGUCGGCGGGCGGCUGCCCAGCUAUGCGGCAGCCGAGACGGAGUUCUCGGAACGCUGGGCCCACGAGCAGGCGGCCGUGGCCGACCGGCUCGCCGACAUGGACGAGCUGCGGGCCUUUUACGAGGGCUAUGCCAAUGCGUAUGACACGCUCAUCCUCGAGGCCGAACGACGACGCAACGUCGAGGCCAAGAUCCAGGCUGUCUGGCGCAAGGCCCGCGAUGCUGUCGACCGUCUCGUCGUCGCCGAUGCCGCCGAGCGCGAAUCGUUCCGCCAUGACGUCGGCGAGUACCUGCCUACCGAUCUCUGGGCCGACAUGGACCGCCCGCCGCGCGGCCACGACCUGUUUUCCGCUGCGGCUGCUGCUGCAGCUGCUGCUGCUGCUGUUGCUGCCACGACAACCGCGGCUGUCGGUAGCAACAAGACAAUGGACGGCACAGACGAGUCCGGUCCCGACCCGUCGACCAGCAGCAACGGCCCAGGCGGAAGCAGCACCAGGACAGACCGACAAGUCGAAGACUGGCUCUCCGUCAUGCUCGUCGUCUCGCAGAGCCAGCACGUGGACUCGAGGGCGGCCGCGAUUGGGCUGGAGACUACUAGGCUUCCCUUCAGAACUGCUCCAUCUGCAGGAAAAGACCUGGACGACAUCAGCCCGAACAUGAACAUGCUCCUGGACACGGUCGGCCUUGGCCAUGCUGCCUCGGCCUCUUCCUCGUGCGCGCUUCCUCGCUAUGUGCCCCUCGACAGCAAGCCGGCCGGUCGACGGCUCUCGAUCGACGACGCCGAAAACAACGACGGCAGCUCGGCCUCGCACGCGGUGCGUCACCGUCACAGCUGCCGUCCUCGCCAGCGGGCUGCUUCUGCUGCUGCUGCUGCUGCCGCCGCUCUCCCAUCGGCCAGUAAGGCUCGCCUCAUCCCGUCCUCGCGCCGCUUUUGGGCCGACUUCACCCUGGGCUUUGCAGACGGCCUGACCGUUCCUUUUGCCCUGACGGCCGGCUUGUCGUCCCUCGGCCAGACGGACACCGUUCUGUCUGCCGGCCUGGCCGAAAUCAGUGCCGGCUGCAUCAGCAUGGGCAUUGGCGGCUAUCUGUCCGCGAGACAGACGUCGUCCGAGCCGGAGCCUGUUUUCCCCGACGGUGAGGAGACGGAUGAGAAGAGCCCAAGGCGCCGGGAAGACGAGCAUCUGGCCACUACCGUGGCCCACCGCUACCUCGAGCCUCUCGGCUUGCCGCUCGAGCUGCAGCAGCUGGUCCUCAACCACAUCGCCGACCAGCCGCACGUGACCGACAGGUUGGUCGCAACAGCGCUCGACCAGGACGACGAUGAGGACGACGACAACGACAACGACGAUGGCGAUCUCGUCUGGCCAGUGUCUGCCGGUCUGUCCGUGGCUGGCGGCUAUCUGGUCGGCGGCAUGCUGCCCCUGGGGCCCUACUUUUUUGUCACCAGCGUCGGCGACGGUCUGCGCUGGAGCUUCGCCGUCUGCAUCCUCGCCCUCUUUCUCUUUGGCUUCGUCCGCGACUUCUGCCUCUCGGGCACCGGCGAGACUGCCCGCCAGCCGGCCAUCCCAUGGCGACGGCUCUGGAAGAGCACCUGCGAGGGCCUGCAGAUGGUCGUUCUCGGAGGCAUCGCCGCCAUUGCCGCCGUAUUGUGUGUACGCCUGUUGGAAGACGCCAAGAGCGGCCAGGACAGCAGCUGA